UUGUUCCCGCUUCCGUAUCUUACGACAACAAGGUUCUGCACAUGGGAUACUCUUGUUGGUGACCCACAGAUAUUAGUUUUUAGACUUUUCGGGCUAACAUCUGUCGUGUGUUGCUGUAAGGUUGUUAUGGGGAAGAAGAAAGCCAGCGGGGGAGGAGGAGGACUGGGCAGAGCUCUGAUAAAGGAGAGACUCCAGGCUAGCCGAGGAAACAAGAGGAACGACUCGUGGCUCCACACCAGUGAGCUGAAUGACGGCUACGAUUGGGGGCGGCUGAACCUGCAGUCAGUGACAGAGCAGAGUUCUAUGGACGACUUUCUGGCAACUGCUGAACUGGCAGGAACAGAGUUUGUCGCAGAGAAACUCAACAUCAAGUUUGUGCCAGCGGAAGCCAGAGCAGGCUUAUUAACGGCUGAGGAGAGAACCAAGUUGAAGAAGCUUCAUGAAGACAACAAGCAUUUCCUGAGAAUACCCCGACGUCCCCAGUGGGAUGAGAGCACCAGUCCAGAUGCUCUUCAGCAAGCAGAAAAGGACAGCUUCUUGCAUUGGAGACGAGAGCUUGCACAAUUGGAAGAAGAACAAAAGUUAUUUCUUACUCCAUUCGAGAGGAACCUUGAAUUCUGGAGACAACUGUGGAGGGUGAUCGAAAGGAGCGAUGUUGUGGUUCAGAUUGUCGAUGGCAGAAAUCCCUUGUUGUUCCGAUGUGUUGACCUGGAGGCCUAUGUGAAAGAAGUCUCUCCAAACAAGGUGAACAUGAUUCUGGUGAAUAAGGCAGACCUGCUGACCAGGGAGCAGAGAAAAAUCUGGGCCAAAUACUUUGAGAAAGAAGGGCUGAGGGCCGUUUUCUGGUCGGCCCUGGCAGAAAGCGAAAGGCUGGAUGCAGAGGAGAAGGGCAUGGAAGUGGAUGACCCAGAAUGCGAUCCGUCUUCCUCUGAUCCAGAAGACGGAUCGCCACGUCUUGAAGACUUAAGGCAAAAAGGGGUCGAUGGAGGGGACAAGGAAGAAGCAGAGAGUGAUUUGGAGGAGGAGGAGGAGGAGGAGGAGGAAGAGGACGAGGAGAGUUAUCGGACAGUUGAUGAGGAGGACUGGCACACUUGUUCAGAAGACGAGGAGGAAGCAGAAGGAGGAAGUGCCGGCACCUCCAGCAGAUCCUUCCACAACUCCAGCCGACUGCUGCACAAAGACGAGCUGCUAGAGGUGUUCAAGGCCGUCCACGAUGGAGCCAGGUGUAAAGAGGAACACCUGACCGUGGGACUGGUCGGCUAUCCCAACGUGGGGAAGAGCUCCACUAUCAACACUAUUAUGAGGAACAAGAAGGUGUCCGUUUCAGCCACGCCUGGACACACAAAGCACUUUCAGACGCUGUAUGUGGAGCCAGGCCUGUGUCUCUGCGACUGUCCGGGCCUGGUCAUGCCCUCCUUUGUUUCCACCAAAGCUGAGAUGAUUUGCUCAGGAAUUCUUCCCAUCGACCAGAUGAGGGACCACGUGCCGGCAACAAUCCCUCGAAAUGUAUUAGAAGGCACAUACGGCAUCAACAUCAUCAGACCACGAGAAGAUGAGGACCCUGAAAGGCCCCCCACAUCUGAGGAGUUUCUAAUGGCAUAUGGAUACAUGAGAGGUUUUAUGACAUCACACGGCCAGCCCGAUCAGUCCAGAUCAGCCCGGUACAUUCUGAAGGACUACGUCAAUGGGAAGCUUCUCUACUGCCACCCUCCCCCACACAUCAACGCUGAAGACUUCCAGCCACAGCACAGCCAGUUCCUGAAAACGGAGCCAGACAACAGUCAGUGCACAGGAGCAAACAAACAACAGAAAAUCAGACGAAUUGAAAAUGUUGUGGACAAGAACUUCUUCCAUCAGGAGAACGUACGGGCGCUCACCAAAGGAGUUCAGUCAGUCAUGGGCUACAAACCGGGCAAUGGACCCGUCGCUUCCCAGGCAGACACGCUGCCAGGCAAGCCCUGGAAAAAGCACAGCAACAAGAACAAGAAAGAGAAAUUACGCCGGAUUACCAAACAUCUGGAUGCAUGA